AAAAUGAGAAAAUCGGAAGAAUGCGGCCGUGAUUAUACAGUUCCCGUUCCCCCACCUCCAAUUGACGGCCAUCUUUAUCCAAUUAUUGAACAUCAUCCAAAUGAGGUUGCUAGAGGUCCACCACCAUAUAAUGACCAACAACAACAACAAUUUGGUUGUCAACCUAUAGGUGUACGUUAUUUUGUUCAUGGGCAACAAGAUGGUGGUAGAUCUUCAGGAAACAAUUCAGGGAGAGAAUUUCAUGCCAUUCACACGACACUUCCUGCUAAUGGGGAUACAGUUUUUUACUACAUUUCUUCCUCAUCUUCACCAUCUGGUCCUAAUUGUAAAAGAAAUGAGCCAUUCCUUUUAAUUCGCCGUCGCCGUUCGAGCAUUGCUUCAAUUGUUUUAGCCUCACUUCUAGCUUCUAUUCUUUUAAUUGUCUUUGUUCGAAUGCAUACAGAGUUUGCCAGAAAACAUAUACAACAACAAGAGGAAAUCAAGAGAGAAUAUAACAAUUAUUAUGGAGGGGGUAGCAACACAAAUGAUCAUUCAGAAUUUAAAUAUCACAGUCAUCAACCUCCUUCACAUUCUGGAAUAUUUAAUAAUUAUUUUAGUAACAACACUACUAGUACAUUAUUAAAUUCAACAGAUUUAUUAGACAAUUCUACUUCUUUAAUUUUAAAUAAUUUAAUGGGAAAUACUUCAAAUUAUUUAAAUUUAACAACAACAACAAUUCAACCUUUACUAAUUACUGAUAGUAAUGAUUAUAAUGACGGAUUAAAUAAUAUUCAAUCAAAAAAUGGAACUGAUAAACUACAAACACAAAAUGAACCACCGCAGGAACAACAAAUUUAAA